AUGGAAAACGAUGAGGACGAAAAUGCGACCCAUUUUCAGAAUAUUAAAAGUGUGAAAAUACGGAAUAAAAAUUUUGCUGUCCGAAUUAGCUCAACAAGAGAAUUACAAGAAAGUAACGAGGAAAGUAUAUACAAUGAAGUGGAUAACCUAUUUUUCGAGAAUAUCGCAGAAUACACGAAGGAUCCAUGCAAGCUUAUUACAAGGCUGAAGGAGAAAUACAUGAAUGAAUUCAUGAAUUGGAAAUAUCUGCAUACGGAUAAUGUGGAGCACGGUGAUUUGGUUCGGAUGCGUGGAAUGAUUCUUAGUGGAAUGCAAACAGUAUUUUCAUUGAAUGCAGUAAUCACGGAAGAAGAGGAUGGUGGUACUCGUACAGUUUGUGGAAUUUUAAGGAAUCGAGUCAACUGUUCAAAUAUCAAGGAAACAAAAGGCAUGACUCGCCGAAACGCGUACAUUUUGGUGCCAGAAAGAGGGAUCACAGAUUGGUACUUAAAGACUUUUCAUGAUAAAAUCUAUCAGGAAUACAGUGAGGUACUCCUCAAAAAUGAAGAAUCGAGAACUUGUGCUCUGUUUUAUGACGAGGGAAGUGAAAAUUUUAAGCCAAAUGCUGUGUUUGAUUUGUAUGGCAUUGUCGAUUUAACCGAAAUAAGAGUUGAGGACGAAGAUGAUGAUCCAAAUACAAAAAGUUCAUUGAGCACGAUAUCAUUGCAUGUUAUUCAUUACGAACCAGUAAAGCAUAACGAUAUUGUGUCAUCAGCUUAUCCGGAGGUACUAAAGCAAAAAAAUGUGCAGGGAUUUGAAUCACUGAUUUAUGCUUUCGAACAAUUCUUUGGGAAUAAAGUCAUUGCGCAAUCUCUAACAUAUCAGUUGUUCAUUUCGCAACACUCUCAACAGCCGAAAUCAGUAGAUACCUUUCCUUAUACGAUAAAAAAGAUAUAUGACAGCAAACCGAUAGUUGAAAUGAUCAAACUUUUCAUACCAAAAGUUUAUGUCAUCAAGAUGAUGCAGAAAACAAUGGAAGAAUCGUGGGCAUCAUAUGAGAAACCUCAAAGCGGUUUCGAACAAGGUUUGCUACAAGUAUCCGACAAUACUUUAAUCAUUAUUGACGAAACUGAAUUAUCUCUGGAAAACUUAUCGCUUACUAAAAAAGGACGCGAGAACUGCAACUUAAUCAAAAAUUUCUUAUCUACUCGAAAGAUACCAUUCAUUUAUCCAUAUCAAACAGUGGAAAUAGAAUCCAGCACAAACGUGCUUGUUUUGAGCGGCGAAAAAUGUUUCUUUGGCCAAGAAGGUUUUGCGAUGGUUAUACCUAAAUCGUGGCCAAAAGAUGUAAAAUUCGUGCGACAAUAUGCUGUGGAACAUGAAAGUGAACUUAAUCUUUGUCGACAUGCACUUUUGUCUUGUUCCGAAAGUUUUUGUAAUGUCAGCAUUUGUAAAACUGUAGAAGAAAUGGCAGUCGAAAAUUUUUUGAAGAUGCAGCGCACAUGUAGGAAUACGGACGAUAACUCGGCGCGAUUACAUCGGCAGCUGAUCAUUUCCAAACUGUUGACAUCACUGAAAGGCGAAAAAAUCGUUGAUGAGGAUAGUUGGACAACAGCUCUGGAGCUUGAAAGUGGUCGGUUAACAUUUUUGUUGUAA